CAGGUGAAAGUCGCCAGGUGGCGCUCGUACACUUCCUGGUUUUACAACGCGUGCGCAGUAGAGUUACCUAGUUUUUUGGGGGAGGGCUACGUGGAACUAACUAACCUGCAAAAUGAUCCACAGUUUAUUUAUGAUCAACAGUGCGGGGGAUAUUUUUAUGGAGAAGCACUGGAAAAGUGUCAUCAGCAGAUCUGUGUGUGACUACUUUUUCGAAGAGCAACAAAAGGCCAACAGCCCAGAAGAUGUGAACCCAGUCAUCUCCACCCCCCACCACUAUCUCAUCCACAUCUACAGAGAAAACAUCUACUUUGUAGCAGUCUGUACAACAGAAGUCCCUCCCCUGUUUGUGAUAGAGUUCCUACACAGAGUAGUGGACACCUUCACAGACUACUUUGGUGAUGGGGGAGAAACUGCAAUAAAGGACAACUAUGUUAUUGUCUAUGAGUUGUUGGAGGAGAUGUUGGACAAUGGUUUCCCCCUGGCCACAGAGUCCAACAUCCUGAAGGAACUCAUCAAACCCCCAAACAUCCUCCGUACUGUCGUCAACACUGUCACAGGCAGCUCCAACCUCUCAGACACCCUCCCCACCGGUCAGCUGUCCAAUGUGCCCUGGAGGAGGGCGGGGGUCAAGUACACCAACAACGAGGCGUACUUCGACGUCAUCGAGGAGAUAGACGCCAUCAUCGACAAGCAGGGUUCCACAGUGUUUGCUGAUAUACAGGGAGUGAUCGACUGUUGUGUGAAGCUAUCGGGGAUGCCAGACCUCACCUUGUCAUUUAUGAACCCCCGUAUCUUGGACGAUGUUAGCUUCCACCCGUGUGUACGCUUCAAGAGAUGGGAGUCUGAAAGAGUCCUGUCCUUUGUUCCUCCUGAUGGUAACUUCAGACUCAUCUCCUACCAUGUUGGGUCACAGAACAUGGUGGCCAUCCCUGUGUAUGUGAAGCCCAACAUCUCCUUCAGAGAGGGAGGGGGGCGGUUUGAUGUCACCGUGGGACCCAAACAAACCAUGGGCAAACUGGUGGAGUCAGUGGUGAUCACCUGUGCCAUGCCCAAGGUGGUGCUGAACAUGAACCUGACCCCCACCCAGGGAACCUACACCUUUGACCCCGUUGCCAAGGUGUUGACCUGGGACGUGGGGAAGAUCAACCCGCAGAAGCUGCCCAACCUGCGCGGGAACAUCAGCCUGCAGAGCGGGUCUCCUCCGCCUGAGUCCAACCCCGCCAUUUCUGUUCAGUUCAAGAUCCAGCAGAUGGCAGUUUCAGGGUUAAAGGUCAACAGACUGGACAUGUAUGGAGAGAGCUCCCCAAAGAAAAGCUUCACAUUUGAGAAGUACAAGCCUUUCAAGGGAGUGAAGUAUCUGACCAAAGCAGGAAACUUCCAAGUGCGAACAUGAUGUUCCCUGGUUCUGUGUCAGCCAAGCAGACAUUUGGGGCAUCUGAGGCCAAACGGAUGUUAUUAUGUAAUAAUCUAUUGUCACUACGCAGUUUUAGCAUAAUUUGUCAAAUAUAUUUCACUAUACGUCGAUGAAGGUUAGACAUCCAGAUAAUUAAGAUAUGCAAAAAUGCAGUUACUCAAGCUACUGGAUUCCAAAAUUAUAUCCAGUUGCUUAUGAGUAACUGCUUUUUGGCAUAUAUUUGACUGUCUUUUUUCAAUAUUUAAUCUGGAAUUGAAAGACAACAUGGAGGUAUUAUGCAAGAACAAUUAUCAUAAUAAACCUUACAUCUAGUUAGUCUUCCUCCAUAAAUGUGCAUUCUCAAUACUAAGUGUCAGUGUCAGUACUUGGAUAACAAAGUUCUGUGUACACAACCAAGCUCAAUUUUUUCAAGACCAAUGUUUCUGUGACCACGUGUCACCUUAGGGCAGUUCUGACAUGGUUCUAUUGCAUGUACAUGUACACACUGCUAACAAAUGCAGUCCCUGCUGCUGCAGUGUGGAAUAGAACCAUUCAACAUUGCCAUUAGGAAGGUGACGGACAUUCACCAAAAUGUACUAGUAGGUCUUGAGUAAAACACUUUUUUGUGUAUUGAAAGAACUUGUUGUCCAGUGACUUACCAACCUGAUGAAACUAUUCAUGGCUGUCAGUUCUCAGCAUCUUUCUUUUAGUUUCUUUUACAUACUUACACAAUUCAAGCUCUGUAAAACACUCUGUUGAUGAAGGAGUGAAUAAAGUUGCACAGCCAGUAUUUGGACAAACA